ACGACGCGGCGUGCUACAUGCCCGGGACGGAGUCGGUGGACCGCAGCUCGUGCUCGUGCAGCUGCAAGGACGGAUGGCAUGGCGCGUCGUGUCUUCCCUUCGAGGUGCCCGACGCGGUUGUGCCGCCCGUAGCGGAGAGAGCUGUUGACGGCGACACGAGCUGCGUGGUGAACCAGACGCUGACGAACCUCACGCUGAAGAUGUGGAAGACGCACCACUGCUACGUGGGUGUGACAUUCAGCGGCAGGCGUUCUGUGCUGACGUUCUUCCUCAACAGCAUGCCGCUGCAUCUCCCCAUCAACAUCACGCUCACCGGGUGCACAUUUCGUGAGGGUGCCGCGCUGCAGUUUGUUGGGGGUGUUGAGGCGGCCGAGUCAUCCGGCGUCCUGAUCCGCGUGAGCCAGACGGUGAUGCGGUCCUCCGCCGUUGCAUUUAUACAUGCCCUCCCGCAGCACUGCGACAUCGCCAUCACGGAGGUUGAUGCGGUACAGUCCUCUACAGUUCAGUUUUUGGACACUGUGAACAACAUGCUGAGCGUGGUGAUGUUGCGGAAUGUUGUUUUGAGUGCGUCGACGCUGUUGGUCAGCAACGUCAAAGCGCAUGCAACGAGGUACGGUGCUUUUGGUUUGUACUCGACAGUGGCAAUCAAGCUGGUGGGUGGCAGCUCGCUGUACGCGCGGUACUGCAGCUUUGAGGGAUACACACACGUGUUCUAUUUGCAGAGUCUCAGUGUGAGUGACCACUCCGUUUUUGCGCUGCUCAGCAAUACGAUGUUCUCUGGGGUAAGCCUGCUGUACCAGCACCAAGGAUUCAGCGUGUCGGAUUACAGCGUGCUGCGCGUGGUGGGGAACAGCGGCUCAGCUCGCUACGCCAUCUGCAACGAUGACUUGUGGACUGUUCAACAGUCAAGCUGGUUGGAUUGGCGCGACAACGACGUGGAGGUGGGUGCGAUGUUCUACGACACUGAGUCCGCAUUUGUGAGCAUUGACGGCAGCAGUGCUGUGACGCUGACGGGCUGCAGGAUGGGCUCGACGGGGUUGUCGGUAUCCUUGCUGAAGCGGAUUGAGGCCGGUUACCGUUUCGUUGCUGGGUGUCUGAUGGUUGCGGGACGUGAGGUGACGACGGCGGCUGAACUGGGGCUGAACGGCAUUAACAACGUGACGACUGUUGCCGCGUGCGGGCAGUGCACGAAGGAGGGCGACUGCUUUGCCCCGCUGACGACGGCGGCCAUUGACUGCAAGUGCCAGUGCGCUGCUGGAGGGCACGGCGAUGUGUGUGUCCCGGCGCCUGUGCCUGCUGGCUCGCCACCGCCGCCGCUGCCACCAGUGCCGCCCACACCGCUGCCACCGCCGGUUGGUGAGUGCAUCAGCGACAUGGUGUACCCCGAGGUUGCGCAGGCUGUGGGCGGCGGGCUGUCGUGGCUGUGCUACCGCAACGUGACGUUCAGCGGGGGCGGCAUGAGCCUGACGGUGUUGAUUGGGGCGAUGACGGGCGACGUGGCGAAUGUCACGUUCGAUGGAUGCACGUGGAGGGACGGCGCCGUGCUGUUGCUGUUGGGCAACGCGUACGCCGCUGUGGGGUCGCUGAACAUUGUUGUCACCGGCAACACAUUUAGUGACGCGCUGCUCAGCCCGGAGGGUGUGUUCCCACCGAGCACGAACAUCACGAUCAGCUGGAACCGCUUCACUGUCACGAGGCUGAUCCCUCGGUCGGGAUUGGAAAUUGACAGCCCGUCGUGCGUUUCGAUGAAUGGACUGGCGAUCAGCAGCAACUCCGCGGUGGUGCUGAGUGGCAAUGUGUUUCAGAGCGUGACGGCAUCGUCAAUCGCCAUUUACGUUGUCAGGUCUGCGCUGAGCGUGUCGUGGCACUCCGUGUUUGCGGUGGUGGGCAACACGUUUCAUAUGGCUGGCGGUGACAGUACGCUGAUAAAUAUUGAAGGGUCUAGACACUCCUCAUCGCUGAGUGUACUGAACAACUCUGCCGUGGUGAUUCGAGGCAAUCUUGUGACGAGGCCGGUGAGGUACUUUUUAUUACUAACCUUGGCAUUACGUGUGGAGUCUCGGUCAGCGGUUGUGUUUCAGGACAACGACAUGCAGGGAAGCUCGGUUGUGUUUUUUUUAAGCGAAUUCUCCUACAUCUACUACAACUCCUGGCUGCAGGUGAGCGGCAACCUCUGCCACAUGUCCCCAUCGGAAGCCCUAACUGUUUUUGACCCCACGGUGAAUCUCCGCGACUCCACGGUGUCUGUGUCUGGCAACCGACUCAUGUCCAGCAGGGUCACGCCAACAGUUCUGCGGAUAUCCACGGGGUCCCGCGAUCUCACAAACGGAGCGAUUGUGGCUGCGUGCAACACCAUGAACGGCGAGGGGGAAGCGAACUACGCCAUCCCGUCCGUGUACAAUGCCACCAUUCUGGCCUGCAGCGAUCCAUGCGCCCUCGCGACGUCGUGCUUCCUUGCGUACACGGCGACGGCCUCGAGUGAUGGCUGCGCCUGCGCGUGUGCUGAGGGCGGCCACGGUGAUGCGUGCCUGCCCGUUGCUGUCCCCGAGCCGCCGAGCACCGACGGCGCUGACUUGUGCGUGCGGGACGUGCGUGUGGAUGUGGAGGUGAACGUCGGUUUCGGGACGUCGGUGGUGUGCUACGUUGGUGUGACCUUUGCGGCGGACGUCGUGGUGGACGUGGCGUCGAUGUCAGGGAGCGUGCGCAACGUGACGCUGGCGAACUGCACGUUUGUGGGCGGAGCGAGCCUGUACGUUGUCGGGUGGCGUUCCGACCCGCCUGCUGGUGAGCGUGCCGAUGUGUUGAUCAGCGGGCUUGAGUCGCGUUCUGGCGGCGGUGCGCUGGUGGCGAACCGAUACCCGCCGGGCUCGCGCGUCACUGUGGUGGACUCGGUGCUGAUCGCAGAGAAGCGCGUUGCGUACCAUGACGCCUACGACCUUGGCGCCGCCUCCGCGUGCCUCGUGUUGCACAGCGUGAAUCUGACGGGGAGCGUGCUGACCAUUGCGCGCACGCAUGUGGCGGCGGUGUUCCGCGACGCUGUUGGCGUGUUGGUGGUUGGCGGCGUGGCGCUGUCGUCGCGCGGUGCGCUGCACGUGGACGGGCUGUCGGUGCAGACGGCGCUGGGGCUGUGCGUGUCGGUGGAGGGCGGUGUUGCUGCCAGCGGCGGCUCCGUGGUGGCGUUUGUUGACAGCGGCUUCCUGCUGUGCAAGCACGCGGUGUCUGUGCGUGGGGCUGUGAGCGUGUCGGGCUCCGCUGUGGCGCUUGUGCGGAGCGAAUUUUCGUCGACGGAGGACUACGCGGUGACAUUUUAUUCGACGGUGAGUCUGGCCGGCGGGUCGAUGCUGCUCGCGAGGGGCAACGUGCACGACGGCGUCUCGAGGGAGAUGCUCUACGCCGCUGGCGCCGUGACCGCUGCUGGGAGCACGCUGAGCUUUGUGCGCAACCGAGCGCUGCUGCCUCGGAUGCUGUCGCUGAGCCUGUUGCUUGCGGCUGGGGCGCAUGUGAGGGUGGCGUGCAACGACGCUGGUGGACGUGUCCUGUCGACGGCGGAGGAGUACGCAGCGGCUGGUUUUGGCGACGCUGGGAGCAUCGACGUUGUUGGGUGCGACGCCUGCGACAGGGACACGCACUGCUACGCGCCCGGGACGGCGUCGGUGAGCAUGAGGAACGGUGUGUGCGUGUGCGCGUGCGGCAGCGGCGGGUACGGCGAGGCGUGCGUGCCUGUGGGAGCUCCCGCACUGCCGCCCGCUGUGGGCACUGCGCCGAGUGUGUUUUUCCGCGAGGGCGUGACGGUGCGGUCAGUGUUCGUCGUGCCUGCUGGCGCGAGCGAGGUGACGCUGCGCCGCGUUGUGCUGGACGGCGUGAGUUCUGUGCUCUACGUGCCGUGGAUGGCGCGGGACGGCGUUCGGAUCGUUGUGCAGAACGUGUCGCUGCUGAACGGCGCCGUGUUGUACGUGAUGGGCGGAGGAGGCUUGCGCGGUGCGGUGGCGGCGGGGAGCGACGAGAGCGGGCCGGUGGAGCUGUCGGUGUGCGAUGUGGAGGCGCUGAACGGUGCGCUUGUGCUGACCGGCACAUAUCCCGCGGGGUCUGUGCUGACGGUGACGGACUCCCUGCUGGUUGCCGCGAGGUCGACGCCGCUUGUGUAUCUUCUUGGCUCGCAGUCCUCGCCGUACGCACCGGUGCUGGUGCUGUCGGGCCUGCGGCUCGUGCGGUCCGUGCUGGUUGUGUCCGGCGUGGCCCUCGUGACCGUGGUGACUGGUGGGCGGACGGUGGCGGUGGACGGCGCCGUGCUGGAGCUUGUCGGUGGCGGUGUGGCGCUGGACGCGGCUGUGCUCGGUGGCGAAUAUGCGUUGUACGCGAGUGCGCGCGUGGUUGCGUCGGGGGGCGCUGUGCUGCGCGUGUCGGGGAGCCAGGUGUACGCCGCGCAUGGGUUGGUGUUCGACAGCGGUGUGGA